UUCGUAAAGCGUCUUCUGUCCUUUUGCAAGGUGCUCCACUCGGAAUUCCCAUAGACACUGUGCGUGAUAAAAUCCAAAGAGUUUCCGGAAUUUUAUCCGUUCACGAAUUACAUGUGUGGGAACUUUCUAAUGCGAAAAAUAUUGCCUCUGUUCAUAUCAGAUUGUUACCAUCUGUUGAUUAUAUGAGUUUAAUUACUAAUGAGAAUAAUGAGAAUAAUGAGUCAUCGUGUCUUCUACGCUGUAAGGAUGAUUCAUGUGUGCAAAAACUGUGUUGUUCAACAUCGUAG